AAAAAAAAAAAAAAAAAAAAACCAAACGUUAUUGACUUGUAUAGGGUUUGUUGAAGAAGGAGACUUUAACAUUUUUGAAUUUCCGCCAGUCUUGUUUUGAAAUAGCUCUGCCGACCGUUUAGAUUUCUCUCUUUUAUCUAUCUUCUCUGGGAAAAUUUUCAAUUAAUCUCUCUUUAUUAACUCAGAUCGUGAACAUUUAUCUCCGAUUGGAGGAGAUUUCUAGUUUUUGAUUGGAUUUACUUUGGGCAUUUUGGUCUCUCCAGUUUCUGGGUAUCGUCGUUGUCUCUCUCCGAUUUAUGAACCACUUCCAUUUCUGAAGCUCGCAUAGGAAGAUUGUGAGAUGGUACAAAGGAGGGAAUAGUAGUUUUGAAAUAUAAUGUUUUGGAGUUACAACAUUGCAGAGAAGAAAGGCAACGUAUGGGAAUUGGGGUGACUAUUUUUGCAUUUUCAUUGACUAGUUAUGGAAGCUGAGUCUUCAACCCCUCAGGAACGGAUCCCGAAAUUGCGUCACGGGAGGACUAGUGGCCCUGCAAGACGUUCAACUCGAGGCCAAUGGACAGCUGAGGAGGAUGAGAUCUUGAGAAAAGCUGUCCAUAGUUUCAAAGGAAAAAACUGGAAGAAGAUAGCUGAAUACUUCAAGGAUCGAACUGAUGUCCAGUGCCUCCACAGGUGGCAAAAGGUCCUUAAUCCUGAACUUGUUAAAGGGCCCUGGACGAAGGAGGAAGAUGAAAUGAUCGUUCAGUUAAUCGAAAAAUAUGGGCCGAAGAAGUGGUCCACUAUUGCUCGAUUUUUACCUGGCCGUAUUGGAAAGCAAUGUAGAGAGAGGUGGCACAAUCAUCUCAAUCCUGCCAUAAACAAAGAAGCUUGGACUCAAGAAGAAGAGCUGCUUCUGAUUCGUGCUCAUCAAAUAUAUGGUAAUAGAUGGGCUGAGUUAACAAAGUUCUUGCCUGGAAGGUCGGAUAAUGGAAUUAAAAAUCACUGGCACAGUUCAGUCAAGAAGAAACUUGAUUCCUACAUGUCGUCUGGCCUUUUGGAUCAGUACCAAGCCAUGCCUCUAGCUCCUUAUGAGAGAAGUUCUACAUUACAAUCAACUUUUAUGCAAAGUAAUAUAGAUGGAAAUGGCUGCCUAAAUGGACAGGCAGAGAACGAAAUAGACAGCCGUCAAAAUUCAAGCAUGGUUGGCUGCUCACUAUCUGCAAGAGACUUUCAAAAUGGAACUAUCAAUAUUGGGCAUGAUUUCCACCCCUGUGGAAACUCUCAAGAGAAUGAGCAAACUGCGUAUCAUUCAGAGCAGUUUUACUAUCCGGAAUUGGAGGAUAUCUCAGUCUCCAUCUCCGAAGUCUCUUAUGACAUGGAAGACUGUUCACAGUUUCCUGAUCAUAAUGUCUCGACUUCUCCAAGCCAGGAUUACCAAUUUGAUUUUCAGGAACUAUCAGAUAUAUCACUCGAGAUGAGACAUAAUAUGUCAGAAAUACCAAUGCCAUACACCAAGGAGAGCAAGGAAUCUACUCUGGGAGCUCCAAACUCCACAUUAAAUAUUGAUGUGGCUACUUACACCAACUCAGCAAACGUUUUGACACCUGAAACGGAAUGUUGCAGGGUACUUUUCCCUGAUCAAGAGAGUGAAGGGCACAGUGUUUCUAGAUCUUUGACCCAAGAGCCAAACGAGUUUAACCAGGUAGACCGUCGAGAUCCUAUCUUGUAUUCAUCAGCUUCAGACAGACAGAUAUCAGAAGCUACAAAAUCUCCUACGCAGAGCUCUUCUUCAAGGUUCACUGCAACGGCCGCCUCAGGAAAAGGAACUCUUCGGCCAGCUCCCUUAAUCAUAUCACCAGACAAGUAUAGCAAGAAGUCAUCUGGAUUGAUAUGUCAUCCCUUUGAGGUAGAACCAAAGUGCACAACAAAUGGAAAUGGUAGCUUCAUAUGCAUCGGUGAUCCAUCAAGCUCCACUUGUGUUGAUGAAGGGACCAAUAACUCCAGCGAAGAAGAUCAAUCAUAUCAUGUGAAUGAUCCCAAAAAGUUGGUUCCAGUGAAUGAUUUUGCUUCUCUGGCAGAAGAUAGGCCACACUCUCUACCUAAGCAUGAGCCAAACAUGACAAACGAGCAGCAUCAUGAGGAUAUGGGGGCAUCAUCAAGUCUUGGUUUCCCAAGCUUCGACUUACCUGUUUUUAACUGUGAUCUUCUACAAUCUAAAAAUGAUCCUCUACACGAUUAUAGCCCACUUGGCAUACGCAAGCUACUGAUGUCCACCAUGACGUGCAUGAGUCCCCUUCGACUGUGGGAAUCUCCCACUGGGAAAAAGACGUUGGUUGGUGCACAGUCAAUCCUUAGGAAACGGACCCGUGAUCUGCUGACACCGUUAUCUGAGAAAAGAAGUGAUAAAAAGCUUGAAAUUGAUAUAGCAGCCAGUCUGGCAAAAGACUUUUCACGUUUAGAUGUGAUGUUUGAUGAGACUGAGAAUCGGCAAUCUAAUUUUGGAAAUAGCACUGGUGUCAUCCAUGGAGAUAGAGAAAACCACUUUCACAUUUUGAAUGGAGACGGUGAAGAAUGGAGUGGCAAGCCUUCUUCACUCUUUAGUCACAGAAUGCCAGAAGAAACCAUGCAUAUCAGAAAAUCGCUUGAGAAAGUAGACCAAAUUUGCAUGGAGGCAAAUGUCAGGGAAAAGGAUGAUUCUGAACAAGAUGUUGAGAAUGUUGAAUUUUUCUCUGGUAUUCUUUCUGAGCACAAUACCGGUAAGCCAGUCCUGUCUACUCCUGGUCAGUCAGUUACUAAAGCAGAGAAGGCGCAAGUUUCAACCCCAAGAAAUCAGUUGCAAAGAACUCUCAUGGCUACGUCUAACAAAGAACAUCAUUCCCCUUCAAGUGUUUGUUUAGUGAUUAAUUCGCCUUCUCGAGCGAGAAACAAGGAGGGUCAUCUUGUUGACAAUGGGACAAGCAAUGAGAAUUUUAGCAUAUUCUGUGGAACUCCAUUCAGGAGAGGUCUUGAAUCUCCCUCAGCCUGGAAAUCUCCAUUUUACAUAAACUCUCUCUUGCCCAGCCCAAGGUUUGACACAGAUUUAACUAUCGAGGACAUGGGCUACAUUUUCAGUCCUGGGGAGAGAAGCUACGAGAGCAUAGGAGUGAUGACACAGAUAAAUGAACAUACAAGUGCAUUUGCAGCUUUUGCAGAUGCAAUGGAGGUUUCAAUUUCACCUACUAAUGAUGAUGCGAGGCAGAAGAAGGAAUUGGAUAAAGAGAAUAAUGAUCCUCUACUGGCGGAGCGUCGAGUGCUGGACUUCAACGAUUGCGAGUCUCCAAUCAAAGCAACAGAAGAAGUCUCAUCCUACCUCUUGAAGGGAUGUAGGUAAAAUGCCAAAAGCUUAUACAUAAUAUGCAAAAUGCACCAUACAUGAACAAUGUAUAAAUAUGUAUGUGCAUCUUUUAUGAAUUAUCCCUGGCUGGAUCAAUUUUUUUUCUCUGUUUCUUUUUAAUGGAUCAAUUGGAGUGAAUUUAUGUAGAUUCUGUGUUCAAUAUAUAUAUACAUAUUUCAUUUGCCUGCAAUGAGUAC